AUGGAACCAAUUUCCCUUAACUCUCACGGGUUCGUUAACCUCCUUGCCUCCGAAAGCAGUCAACCAAUAGAUAUUGGUUGUUCUGAGGUUCCAAAACCUGCGGAAAGGCGGAAGUGGACAACCAAAGAAGAUGUGGUGCUGAUCAGUGCUUGGUUGAACACCAGCAAGGAUCCAAUCGUGAGUAAUGAGCAGAAGGCUGGCUCAUUUUGGAAGCGCAUAGAGGAGUGUGUGAAUGCAAGCCCUCUGCUCGUUGGUUCCGUUCCUAGGGAGUGGAGUCAAUGUAAGCAGAGGUGUGGUAGGGUUAAUGAACAGGUUUGCAAGUUCGUGGGAUGUGAUGUGUCGAGUUUUAACCCGAUUAUCUAA